GCAGAGUCCGCCUCGAUACAUAACGCUUGACUGUGACCUGAGAAUUAAAUUGAACGCUUUGAUUCCUGGAACCGCUACAUACUCCCUCACAAUCGUCCUUCUGAUUCAACAGCACGUCUUAGAAUCCAGCCAAAUGUCCAGCGAAGAGCACGAUCUCACCACGAUCUCGGGCGUCAAGGCUUACCUGGAGCCCACCCACUUCAAGGCCGCGGAUGUGCACGUCCUCGCGGGAGGGCACGGAAAUUUCACCUACCGCCUCUUUCUGCAGACCCCGCUUGACGGCCGCGCGACGGUGGUCAUGAAACACUCGAAGCCGUAUUCCGCGACGAAUCCGCAGUUCUCACUGGAUCUGGCGCGCCAGACCUUCGAGGCGCGCGCUCUACGGCAAGUCAGCGCCAAUGUCGCGUCCCUUCCGGCGCGCGUCCCCGCCGUCCACCUCUUCGACGAGGAAAAGCACGUCAUCAUCAUGGACGACGCGGGGACUGAAUCAACGACACUGAAAAGCCUGUUCCUCUCGGCGAAUCCACCUCCUGCCUCGCUGGCACGCGACAUCGGGUCCGCGAUCGGGCAGUUCCUCGGCCGCCUCCACUCGUGGGGGAGCGGGAACGACGCGGCGAUGGAUGAGUUCGCGGGCAACGACCUGGGCAAGAGGAUCACCAGCUGGAUAACGUACGGGAUGAUCCUCCCGACGCUCACGACCACCGAAGUCCCCGCCGUGGCGCUCCUCCCGGAGCCCGUCUCCGCCUCCGAUCUCGCGAACCUGCGCGCCCUCGUCGAGAAGCGCACGGACCAGAUCCACCGCGCCCGCGAAACGCUCACGAUGGGCGACUUCUGGACCGGCAACAUCAUGGUGCUGCUGGCCGGCGCGCAGGUCGACCGCAUCACCGUCGUCGACUGGGAGCUCGUCAAGCCCGGCGUCGCGGCGCUCGAUGUAGCGCAGUUCUGCGCUGAGAUGUUCGCGGUGGUCCUCUUCGCUGACGAGGGCUCGGUUGCCCAGGACUCGGCACGGAUGCUGAUCGACGCGUUUUUGACGGCGUAUGCGGGAGCAUAUACCGUGAACCGUGGGGUAGAUGGGGAGAACAGAGCGACCGUGGCCGCGAGACACUUGGGGGCGCAUCUUCUGACGAUCACGACUCGGUACGGUUGGGGGAGCACAGCGGAAGAAACGUUCAGAGCUGUCAGAACGGGCCUCGAGUAUCUACAACACGGCCAAGACGAGGACUGGGUUCGCAACAAGUCGAUUUUUGCACCGUUAUUAUGAUGCAGGCUCAGAAAUUAGGACUCAAUGGAGAACAACUGUAUCAUUUGCAAGUCUGCCAAUGACGGAACUGGGUACUCACCACAAAACGCGGUCACGUGCGCCGAUUGAGGUUGAACUUGAGCUUGUCCGUGCGACCUGAGUUUUGAUCUCCAGCGGCUUUGCUUGCGGGG